AUGUUUUUACAAGUAAUAUUUGCAUUGUCUUUGGUUUCAACGUACAAUGCUGGUGUUUUUUCUUUUGAUUCAUCGUCUCCUUCUUUAAAUCACAGAAAACAGUUACAUUCAGUAGAAGAAGAAGUAGAGUCGCUCUUGAAAUGGAAAUCAACCCUAGGUAACCAACCCCAUUCUUACCUCCACUCCUGGAAAAGAAGUUCAGUUGCAAAUACAACGAGUCCAUGCAAGUGGUUCGGAAUCACUUGCAACAACGAGGGAAGCGUCACUGAAUUGAAUUUAACUAAUUCAAAUUUACAAGGUACACUUCAAAGUUUUAACUUCUCAUCUUUUGCGAACUGUGUCAGUCUUGACUUGAGCAACAAUAAACUCUCUGGAUCCAUUCCCUCUCAAAUCGGUACUCUUUCAAAACUUACCCACUUUGAUCUAUCCAUGAAUAAGUUUUCCGGACAUAUUCCACUAGAAAUUGAAUUCCUCACAAAUAUGAGUUUGUUAGACCUUUCUCAAAAUCAGAUAACUGGUUCAAUUCCUGCUUCUAUAUGCAAUCUGAACGACCUAACCUCUCUAUAUCUUGAUGGAAAUAAAUUGUCUGGUUACAUUCCUCAAGAUAUCGGAAAGCUAAUAUCUCUUACUGAUGUUGCAUUUUCCAUAAACUAUCUCAUUGGUCAAAUCCCUACUUCUAUUUGUAACCUUAGCAACCUAAAUACUUUAUACCUUCAUACAAAUAAGUUAUCUGGUUAUAUUCCUCUAGAAAUCGGAAAGCUAGAGUCUCUUAUUGACUUGGAAUUGUCCAAAAACAAUCUCAUUGGUCAAAUCCCUACUUCUAUAUAUAACCUUAGCAACCUAAAUAUUUUGUCCCUUUUUGAAAAUAAGUUGUCUGGUUUUAUUCCUCUAGAAAUUGAAAAGCUAAAGUCUCUUGUUAACUUGGAGUUGAGCACAAACAAUCUCAGUGGUCCGAUCCCCGCAUCUAUAUGUAACCUUAGCAACCUAAAUAUUUUGUACCUUUUUGAAAACAAGUUAUCUGGUUUUAUUCCUCUAGAAAUUGGAAAGCUAAAGUCUCUCAUUGACUUGGCGUUGAGCACAAACAAUCUCAAUGGUCCGAUCCCUGCAUCUAUAUGUAACCUUAGCAACCUAAAUAUUUUGUACCUUUUUGAAAACAAGUUAUCUGGUUUUAUUCCUCUAGAAAUUGGAAAGCUAAAGUCUCUUGUUGGCUUGACGUUGAGCAGAAACAAUCUCAGUGGUCCGAUCCCCGCUUCUAUAUGUAACCUUAGCAACCUAAAUAUUUUGUACCUUUAUGAAAAUAAGUUAUCUGGUUAUAUUCCUCUAGAAAUCGGAAAGCUAAAGUCUCUCAUUGACUUGAUGUUGAGCACAAACAAUCUCAACGGUCCGAUCCCCGCAUCAAUAUGUAACCUUAGCAACCUAAAUACUUUGUACCUUUAUGAAAAUAAGUUGUCUGGUUUUAUUCCUCUAGAAUUCGGAAAGCUAAAGUUUCUCAUUGGCUUGGACUUGAGUAAAAACAAUCUCAACGGUCCGAUCCCCGCAUCAAUAUGUAACCUUAGCAACCUAAAUGCUUUAUACCUUCAUACAAAUAAGUUGUCUGGUUUUAUUCCUCUAGAAAUCGGAAAGCUAAAGUCUCUCAUGGAAAUUGAAUUGUCGAGAAACUAUCUGACUGGUCCAAUCCCUUCUUCUAUAUGCAAUCUUAGCAAACUUAACAGAUUGUACCUUCACAAGAAUCAGUUAUCUGGCACCAUUCCUCUUGACAUUGCAAGGCUAAGCUCUCUUUCUGAAUUUGGAAUACACCAAAACAAUCUCAUUGGUCAAAUCCCUGCUUAUUUAUGUAAUUCGACAGUCGGAAUGCUACAGCAUCUGUAUCUAUUUGAGAAUCAGCUUACUGGACCAAUACCCAGACAACUUGGAGAAUGUCCAGACUUACUCGAACUGGAUUUGAGAAGAAACAGUUUGAACGGAAGCAUUCCACUUGAGAUUGGAGGCUUGAUUUCAAUACAGAUCCUGUUGGAUCUCAGUCAAAAUGAGUUGAGUGGAGAAAUACCGUCAGAUUUUGGAAAAUUAAACAAACUGGAGAAACUAAAUCUGUCCCACAACAAACUUUCGGGUUCAAUCCCACCUUCAUUUGUUGAAAUGCUUAGCUUGACUACUGUCGAUAUUUCAUACAAUCAACUGAGCGGUCCUAUUCCGGACAUCAAGGCCUUUAAGGAUGCUCCUUUUGAUGCAUUGAAGAACAACAGUGGUUUAUGUGGUGGUAAUCACUCUGGAGGUAUUAAGCCAUGUAACUCGUCAGUUAUCAUCGGAAGAAAGAAUGCCAAACCAAGACUUGCUGUGAUAAUUUUAGUUCCACUGUUUGGUUCCUUGUUUCUUUUGUUCACAUUUUUUGCUAUCUAUUUUUGCUUGCGAAAAAGACUAGUCGUAAGAAAUAUCGAGCAGGCAGAUCAACCAACAACUAUAAACACAAGAAGAAACGUAUUCUCGGUAGAGAAAUAUGACGGGAAGCUGGUGUUUGAAGAAAUAAUGGAAGCAACGGAAAACUUUGAUACCAAAUAUUGCAUUGGGGCGGGAGGAUAUGGCAGCGUCUACAAGGCGAAGCUAUCGACAGGUCAGGUUGUUGCUGUGAAGAAGCUUCACUCGUCAGAUGAAGAUUCCAACAUGAUUGAUCAUAUAUCUUUCGAAAGCGAAGUUCAAGCAUUGACCGAAAUCCGGCAUAAAAACAUCGUAAAGCUCUUUGGUUUCUGCUCUAGCAUAGAGCGACAAAUCUCAUUCUUGAUUUAUGAGUUUAUAGAGAGGGGGAGUUUGAAAAAGAUUUUAUGCGAUGGGGAACAGGCGGUAGAGUUUGAUUGGAUAAAGAGGCUAAGAUUCAUCAAGGGAACAGCUGCCGCGCUUGCUUACAUGCACCAUGAUUGCAUUCCAGCAAUUGUUCAUAGGGACAUAUCUAGCAACAAUGUCUUGUUGGAUUUGGAAUAUGAAGCGCGUGUUUCUGAUUUUGGUACUGCUAGGAUGUUGAAGCCAGAUUCAUCUAACUGGACAUUACUUGCAGGAACAUAUGGAUAUAUUGCUCCAGAACUGGCCUAUACAAUGAAGGUAACCGAGAACUGUGAUGUUUAUAGCUUUGGAGUACUUGUACUAGAAGUACUACACGGUAGACACCCAUCUGAGAUUAUCACAUUACUCUCUCCUGAGCUCCUUCCAACGUCGUCUUCAACUUCGACUUCGAAUGUUCGGGUUAAAAAUAUAAUGCUGAAAGACAUCUUAGACGAGUGCCUUGAAGCACCAACGGAUGCUGUGAAGAAAGAACUAAUGUCCUUUGUAAAGGUUGGUCUCUCAUGCUUACGAGGUGAUCCACAUACUCGGCCAACAAUGCAAGAAGUGUCGGUGGAGUUAUCACGAUCAGCUCAGAUCAGGACAUCUUUUGGGAAGCCCUUUGAAACUGUUACAUUGGGUGACCUACUGACGGGGGACUCUUACGAUACUGUUAAGAAUAUCCAUGAAGUUCUUGGUUCAAAUGUUGUGCAAGAACUAUUCCGAGCCAAAACACUCAACAUCAGUUCAAUGCACGAGAUAGUGGUUGGAGCUUCACAUCACCCAUGUCUCUGUGAUCCAGGUGAAAAUGAGGUUGUUGGUGCGGGAGCACAAAAUGAUAAGGUUUCGCCAAUCGACGUGGGGUGCCUCUACAUUUUAUACAGCAUGGAGCAACCUACCAGUUACCACGCUAGGGAAGGAAAUGGUCAUGCUGCAUACAAAUUUUCUCAAUCAAAUCUUAUGUUCAUGGAGGUCAAGGAUAACAUUGCAAAACUAAGGAAGUGCUUUGCUGGAUCGUUGAGAUUGGACGAUUUAAAUGCCAUCUUGCCGUUGCCAUUGAAAGACCUAAAUCGUUUGUUUUCAGACCCUGAAGAGGAGUAUUCCGAUGUUUGGGGUAUUACUACUUCUACUGCUAUCGAUUGGGAAUAUGGUUGA